AUGUCCGCUCAAAAGAACCCUACGGUAGCCGUCUCGGCUCCCGGCAAAGUCCUCCUCGCUGGCGGUUACCUUGUGCUGGACCGCCAACACACGGGCCUUGUUUUUGGCCUUAGUGCGCGCAUCAACGUCAUUGCUGGGGAGAUACACACCAGCGAGGGGGUGCAAUUGAACGAGAUUAUUGUGGACAGUCCUCAAUUCGAGGGAGCACAAUGGCGAUAUGGCUACCAUCGAGCACCUGAGGGGGGAGGCAUCCAGGUGGUGCAAUUACAAGUCGGCGAGGAAUUGAACAAAAACCCCUUUGUGGAAACAACACUCAGCUACGUGUUGAGCUACGUCGACCACCUGUACGCGACGCGGGGUUCGUCGUCUUCGUCGUCGUCUUGGCUCAAACCAGCCAGGCUCAUCAUCCUGGCCGACAACGAUUACUACUCCACGCCUGGCGACAAGCAAACUGCGCCCAACGCGCGCUUUGCCAACUUUGGCGUGCCUCUGGCCUCGGCGAACAAGACUGGCCUGGGCUCCUCGGCCGCGCUGGUUACAGCGCUGACGGCGAGCCUGCUGGCCCACUACCUACCCAAGGAGAUGUAUGCCCUGUCCAGCGAGGGUGGCCCCGACGAUGACAAUGUAGUCAACGCAAUGUUCCAUCAGCUCAUGAUAAAGCGUGGUUGGCACAACCUACCAGAGGCGGCGAGGCGGCAGAUGGACGCCUACCCCCCACAGAAGAAAUGGACGUUGCUUCACCAGGACAGCAAGGAGAUCCUGCACAAUCUGGCCCAAGCAGCGCACUGUGCAGCCCAGGGUAAGGUCGGUUCCGGAUUCGACGUCGCCGCCGCCGUCUUUGGCUCGUGCCUGUACAGGCGGUUCUCGCCCUCCGUCCUCGACGCCCUCCCAGAGCCCGGCACACCCGCUUUUGCGAGCGAUCUUGGCCGCGUGGUGGACGGCACGGCCUGGGACGUGGAGGUGUCGAAAAAGGUGGACAUGCCACAAGGUCUCGCGCUGCGCAUGUGUGACGUGGACUGUGGCAGUCAGACGGUGGGCAUGGUGAAGAAGGUGCUCGCGUGGCGGGAGCAGGAAGCGCAGGUGGCGGGCGAUAUCUGGGGGGAGCUGCAGGCGUACAAUGACGGUCUCGCGUCGGUGCUGAACGAGAACCGGACGGAGGAUCUCACCAUGUCGUUGGAGAUGAUCCGCGGGAAGAUUCGCGAGAUGAGUGGACUAAGCGGUGUGCCCAUCGAACCAGAGAGCCAGACGAAGCUGUUGGACGCCUUGACAGAGUUGGACGGUGUGUUUGGGGGCGUUGUCCCUGGUGCGGGUGGCUUUGAUGCGUUAGCAUUGUUGAUGAGGGAUGACGAGGAGACAAAGACACGCGUGAUGGGUUGUCUGGCGGAGUGGAGUAAGGAGAAAGACGAAAAGGUCAAGCUCAUGGACGUCAGGGGUGAGAUGGAAGGCGUGCGAAUGGAGGAGCUGGAUAUUUACAAAGGAUGGUUGUAA